GUCACUGUGGUUUCACUUCUGAUAUCACGUAAAUUAUCGUUGCGUAUCUGAGAAUUAAACAGAAUCAAACAAUUUAAAGAUUUUGCAGCUUAUUUGCAUUGGUUAUUACAUAAAAAACCAACACUAAUAUAAUGGGCGAGACUAAGGAAAACAUUUUUCUUUUCGUUCCCAAUAUAAUUGGAUUUGCGCGUAUCUUUCUUGCUAUUAUAGCAUUUUAUUAUAUGCCUACCCAUUGCGUAUUGGCAUGUAUUUGCUAUGUAACAUCGGCAUUAUUGGAUGCGGUCGAUGGCCAUGCCGCGAGAUAUCUCAAUCAAAGUACUAAAUUUGGAGCUAUACUGGACCAGCUGACUGAUAGAGCGGGAACAGCCGGCCUCAUGAUGACCCUGGCAACAUUUUAUCCUCGUUAUACUUUCUGGCUGCAGAUGUCUAUGGUUAUUGAUAUAACUGGCCACUGGCUAUACCUUCACACUUGCAUGCUGCAAGGCAAGACAUCGCAUAAGUUCAUAGAUAUGUCCGAGAAUCCGAUCAUGCAUGUGUAUUAUACCAACAAAACUGUACUUUUCCUCAUGUGCGCUGGAAAUGAAGCAUUCUAUGCAGCACUGUAUGUUAUGCACUUCUUUACUGGACCUACAGUGUUGGGUGUGGGUCUAUUCAAGUUGAUAGCUCUCCUGUCAAUGCCAGUGGCAGUUGUGAAGGCUGGUAUUACUAUUGUCCAUCUCAUUGUGGCAUCUCUCAACUUGUCUAUAAUUGAUGUGAACGAAAGGGCAGCUAUUGCUGAGAAAGAGAAGAAUUAAAUGAUGGUAAAUAUCUCAUUUCAUACUAUACUGUAUAACUAAGAUUUUUUUCCGGAAUAAGGAUUAAGGUUUCAUACUGUGACUUUCCGCUGUAUAAAUACUUGUAUGAAAACAUUGUUAUUCCUUACAUCUUAUAUAUAAAAUUCUUGUGACACGGGGUUCAAACUUGAAUUCCUCCGA